AUGUCAAAUCCUGAGCCAACGAUAUCAAUGUCAACUAAGAAAAAUGAAAGUACACCAUCAAAUAAGUCUGCUAGUACAGAAAAUAAUAAUGAUGAUAGUACUAGUGCAAUCACACCUACACAAGUUCGUCCAAUCGACAUAGUAGUUGCAGUAUAUCAGUAUAAAACUUCAAAUAGUGGUGCAUCUAGUAAUAUUAAAUUGGCAUUUCAACCUGGGGAAACGAUAUAUGUUUUAAAUAAGACGGGUUCUGGAUGGUGGGAUGGUUUUAUUGUAGAUGAAUCAAAUAAUGGCAAAGUUGCAAGAGGCUGGUUUCCUCAAACAUAUGUUCGUCCAUUGAAUGAUUUAUUUGGUCAUUCUAAAAAAUCUACAUCUACUUCAACAAAUAAUUCAAGACGUGCAAGUUAUGCUAAUGGAGAUAAUUUAUCAGUGAGUAAUUCUAAUACGAAUGGAAAUAAUAAUAAUAAUAAUAAUAAUAAUGGGAUGUUGGGAUUACCAUCUCCAUCAAAUAAGAUACGGAGUAAAAGUAGGAAGAAUAGCUUAAAUUUCUCAUUUCCAAAUAAGACAGUACCGUCAGUAAUGAACAAUAGUCAGUCCCCACAGAACAACACAGUUAGUGAUAUUGGACAAGUAGAUCCUUUACAACCUAGUAAUAAUACGAAUCGUACAGUAUUCCCACCUUCAAGGAAACAAUCAAGAGUUGGAAUGAGAAAUAGUAGUUCAAGCUCAGCAAAUAAGAUUCCAUCUGAAGAUGUAACUGUAUUAUCUUUAGAAGAAGUGGAAAUGUUAAUUAAUAGUCUCCAUAGACCUACAAUCUCCACUUGGAGUCCCGUACCGUUACAAUCUACUACUGGUACAUCAGAUAAAUUAAUAUAUUAUAAUAAGGAAUUAAACAUAUAUUGUUCGGAAUUACCUAUGGUAUCAAUGACAAAUACAGAUUCAAGUAUAGCAUUAAAAUCAUCAAACAUGGAUUCUGCAACAAGUUUUGGUUUCCCUACGGAUGAUCAUCUUAUAAAUUUAAGUGCUAGACGAAUAUCAACAAAUCCUCAAAGCCAAACAGUAAAUACACAAAAUGAUAAGAGUAAAACUUCUUCAAUGACUGGUUCAUUGACAAGUAGUACCACCGGGGGAUUCAGAGAAAAUUCAAGAAAGAAAUCGUCAUUGUCUGCGGAUAAUGAUGAUAGCUUGAGUCAACCAUCUAAAUCUAAUACAGAUUUAAAACAAGCACAAAAUGAACCGUUAUAUCGUCAAGCUAUUUUAGCGAAAAAUGACUUAUUUUAUCAUCAUUCAAAGGAUAUUAAAACUUGGUUAGAAUUAGAAGAUUUAACAUUGCAUUUCACUAAAAUGGCUCAUAAGAUGUUUUUGAAGAUAGAUAGAUUCAAUUUUUUCAAAUUUUUUAAUAUGAUGUCAAAUUUGGCAAUUUUUACUCAGAUAUCUUGUAGGUUGAUUCAACAAGAAAUUAAAUUAAAGAUGUGCAAUAGGGAUGUGAAAAGGAUUCUAAAAUCACUGAUUUCGUCUCUGUCUAAAAUUAAUAUUAAUUCAAUGAUAUAUUUUGACUCGUCAUCACGUUUACAAAUUCAUAGCACUCCUGUACCUAGUGAUUCUAAUGCAUUAAUGGCAUCAAAAGCUCCUCUUGGCAAAUAUUCAUCGGCUGGUAAUGUUAAUGAUGAGUCGUAUUUAAUUGAUCGCUCUUUAGAUGAUAAAACAAAGCAAAAAUCUGUAUCUACGGAUACUCCAAUAACUUCCAAUAGGAAUACAAGUACUAGUACUACCGAGACGUUGAUUCCAUCCAAGCUUAAUUCGAAUGCUAAGGAUUUAUAUGAUAUUUCACAAGAAAGAAUUUCCCGUGCAGAAUUGAGAAAUAUAUCGACAUCAUCUAAUAGAGAUGAAUAUAUGAGCAAUGGGAGAGUAAGUUACGAUUCAAAUAUAAAUUCAGGAAAUGAUAUUACUAAUAAGGGUGCUGGAAACAACAACAUCAAAACCAAUAUCUUCCGUUAUGCCGAUAAUGUAGAUCAUGAUUCAAGUGUAUCAUUACGUAUCAUAUUUGAGAAUAUAGACCAAGAAUUUUUGAGGUUUAUGAAGAAUAUACAUUUGCUACAUCAUCUAUUACAGAACUCCGUGUUAACAAAUGAAUCACAUAUAUUGCCUCAAUUUUUACCCAGAUUUUUUAAGGGUUCAUUUAACGGUGGUUCAUGGACUAAUCCAUUUGCUUCAUUCAUUUAUCCUUCAGAAAGUAGUGGCUCUUCGAUUGUAAACUCUCCAUUGGGAGGGUCAUCGGCUGUCUCUUCUUCGUUGUCUAUGUUCAAUAAAGAAGCUACUGGCUCUGUACCAUCAACAAUAACGCCUAAGACUGGAUUCCCUAGUAACGAUGUAGCCAGAUUUGAUAAUGAAAGUCAAAAGCCUUCGAUAUCGGGAUCAUUACCUGUAGGAACACCAAAGAUGCCACCAAAGAUGGCCACAGCUAUUGCACUUGCAUCUGGUUUACCCAUCUCAGAAACUAAGUUGAAUUCUGGUCAUACAUCUACCUCAAACUCUAUGACAGAUAUUACUUCGUCUCUGACUUUAAGUGCCAGUAAAAAGUUGUCCAACGCAGGUAAGAAUUUAUCGAAGGCCAAAAUAUCGAAAAGAAAAAUUAAAUAUCCAUUAAACACAGAAACAUAUACUGCGAUGAAAAAAAUUAGUACUAGCAUUAACGAUAAAUUGAGUUUGAAUUUCAAAUCAGAUGCUGAGAAUUUUAUUAAUCAACCCAAGACAAAAAGUCGUAAUCUUGAGAUUAACUCAAGGACCUAUGAACAACUAAAUGAAAAUACCCAACUAAUUGACAUGUUAGAAAAUUUAGAUUUAACAAUUUUCAUCAAUUUGAAGAGAUUAAUAAAAUGUCCACCAAAGGUACUUGAUGUUGAAAGUGAAGAAUUUUUAAGGCAUGCAAUGUCAUCAAUCUCAACAAUUAUUACAGAAUUCUAUGAUGUGAAGCAAGCGUUCCACGAUGUAUUGAUUAGAUUAAUUAUUGCUACUCAACAGACUACUCUAGAUGAUCCAUAUAUAUUUUCAUCCAUGAAGUCCAAUUUUAAGAUUGAUUUUAAUGAACCAAAGUUAUUAGAAAGGAUCACAUUAAACAAGAACAUGAAAAAGAUCGAAAAGCAAUCCAUGCGUUUGUAUAAACACUUAGUGGAGCAGGAUGUUGAAUUUAAUAAUAUCGAAUUUUUAAAUACAUCAGAAGAAUUUGUAGAUGCCUGUGAAGCUUAUAUUGAUUGUAUGGAGGCAGCCUGUCUGAUUGUUGAACAAUUAAUUGAAGAAAGAGAAAAUUUGUUAAAUUAUGCAGCAAGAAUGAUGAAAAAUAAUUUGACUACUGAAUUAUUAAAAGGUGAACAAGAGAAAUGGUUUGAAUAUACAUCUGAAUUUAAUUCAGAUGAUGAAGAUGAAGAUGAUUUUUACACUCGUGGUAAGUCAGAUAAUGACGAAAGUAUGAUGGAUACAAGUUCUGAUGAUGCCGACGCCUAUGCUGGUAGAAAAAAUAGAAAUAUUAUAUCAUCCAUGGGUGGUUUAGAAAGCCAGGAUGUGCCUUGGUUUUUGCAAUCAGAUUAUACUCAUUACUUGGUGUAUGAUUCUAAGGGCAAGGUGAGAGGUGGAACUAAAGAAGCUUUAAUUGAGCAUCUAACUAGUCAUGAAUUAAUUGAUCCCUCAUUUAAUGUUGCUUUGUUGAUUACUUUUAGAAGUAUAUUUACUACGAAAGAAUUUUUCUAUGCAUUAAUAUACAGGUAUAAUUUGUAUCCACCUGAAGGUUUAGGUUUUGAUGAAUAUAACAUCUGGAUUGAAAAGAAAUUGAAUCCAAUAAAAUGUCGUGUUAUCAAUAUUAUGAAAAUUUUCUUACAGCAAUAUUGGAGUCCCCAUUAUUAUGAAGAUGGUUUAUCAUCAGUAGAAAAUUUUGUUAAUUAUGCCAUUAGUGAGAAUAUCCCUGGUUCUGAUGAUCUUUUACAAAAAGUACAUGAAGCUCUAGUAAAUUUGAAUAAGAUUGAAGAUUCUUCUGAUAAACAGAGUAGGAGCAAUAUUAAUCAAAUUUUGACUACACCAAAGGGUUCAAAUAUUAAUGUUGGUAAUAAAUUAAGUUUAUCACAAAGUAGGACCGCAUUAUUUAGAAUGAAAAAGUUAAAAUUAUUAGAUGUUGAUCCAUAUAGUUAUGCUACCCAAUUAACUAUCCUUGAACAUGAUUUAUAUUCUAGAAUUACAUUAUUUGAAUGUUUAGACAGAGUUUGGGGUAACAAAUAUUGUGAUAUGGGAGGAUCAAGAAAUAUUACUAAAUUUAUUACAAAUGCUAAUACUUUAACAAAUUUUGUUUCAUCUACAAUUGUAAAACAUUCAGAUGUUAAAAAACGUUGUAAAUAUAUUCAAUUUUUCAUUCAUGUUGCACAACAUUGUAAAGAAUUGAAUAAUUUUUCAUCUAUGACUGCUAUUGUCUCUGCAUUAUAUUCUUCCCCAAUUUAUAGAUUAAAAAAGACAUGGGAAGUAAUAUUAGUUGAAGAUAGAGAAAUUUUGAAGAAAUUAAAUAGUUUAAUGGAUUCAAAGAAAAAUUUUAUUAAAUAUAGAGGUUUAUUGAGAUCUGUUAAAGAUGUUGCAUGUGUUCCAUUUUUUGGUGUUUAUUUAUCUGAUUUAACUUUUACAAAUGUUGGUAAUGCAGAUUUUAUUCAUGGUAGUAAAGAUAUUAUUAAUUUUAGUAAAAGAAAUAAAAUUGUGGAUAUAAUUGAAGAAAUUUUAAGUUAUAAAAAAGUUCAUUAUAAAUUAAAACGGAUGGAUGAUAUUCAAACAAUGAUUGAAACAUCAAUUGAAUCUGUACCACAUAUUGAAGAACAAUAUAGGUUAUCGUUACAAAUGGAACCAAGAUCUAGUAGUAAUAGUAGUAAUAGUCAUAACCAUAAUAAGAAUCCAUUAGAUGUAGAUACAGCUAUAAAAUGA